AGGAGUCUUCAGUUCUUCCUUAUCCAAACACUAUGAUGAUCGUCGUAUUCUUGGCAACUCUUCUUAUUAUUUGGUAUUUUUUAUUCCGAAAGGGGGUAGUGAGAAAGGCAAAGGCCGAAACAGCACCUGAAGCCGCAGGAGCAUGGCCUGUAUUUGGUCACCUUCCCUUGUUAAGGGGACCUACACCUUGCCACGUUACUUUGGGAGCCAUGGCCGACCAAUAUGGGCCGAUCUUCACAAUAAGGCUCGGUUCGCAUCGAGCUUUGGUAGUUAGCAGUUCCGAGAUGGCUAAGGAGUGCUUUACCAUUAACGACUCGGAUUUAGUCUCACGUCCGAAAAUGGUAAUCGGGAAGCACAUAGGUUACAACUAUGCCAUGUUUGCUUUCGCACCUCACGGACCAUAUUGGCGAGAGAUUCGUAAGAUAACAACGGUGGAGUUGCUCUCGCGCCGUCGCCUCGAGUUUCUUAAACACAUACGACUCACCGAAGUGGCCACUUUCGUGAAAGAGCUACACAAACACUGGAAAUUGAGUGUCAAAAGUAAUAACGACGACGUCGUUUUGGUAGAGAUGAAGCAAUGGUUUUGGGACUUGAAUCUCAACGUGAUUUUGAGAAUGAUUGCUGGAAAGAGAUACUCUGCAGCUCAUAACGAUGAUCAUGGGAAAGAGGGGAGGCAAGUCCAGCGGGCAGUACAAGAAUUUUUAGCACUCUCUGGGUCUUUUGUUCCGGGUGAUGUCAUUCCUUAUCUUGGGUGGUUUGAUUUAGGGGGCUAUGAGAAGGCCAUGAAGAAAACCGCAAAGGAAUUGGAUGGUAUUCUUACGGAAUGGCUUGAUCAACAUAAGAGAGAUAAAGAAGUGGAAGAGGGUUAUGAGGAUGGCAGCCAACAAGAUUUUAUGGAUGUUAUGAUUUCGUUACUUGAAGGUUCAGACCUUGGAGGCUAUGAUGCUGAUACAAUCAACAAAGCCACAUGUUUUAAUUUGAUUGCGGGUGGAAGCGACACCAUUACAGUAACCUUAACGUGGGCAAUAUCACUUUUGCUGAACAACCGCCAAGUGUUGAAAAAAGCCUUAGAAGAACUCAAUAGCCACGUAGGCAAAGGUAGACUUGUCAACGAAUCUGAUAUUGACAACCUUUCUUACAUCCAAGCUAUAGUAAAGGAAACACUGCGUUUAUACCCGGCAGCACCCAUAUCAGCUCCACGUAUAUUCGAGAAGGAUUGCACCGUAGGCGGCCAUUGCGUCCCCAUAGGAACUUGGCUGAUACCCAACAUUUGGAAGAUCCAAACCGAUCCGGUUGUGUGGCCCGACCCGUUUAAGUUCGAUCCCGAAAGAUUUCUCACUACACAGAAAAAUGCGGAUGUCAGGGGUCAGAAUUUCGAGUUGAUCCCAUUUGGUAGCGGAAGAAGAGCGUGCCCUGGUUUGAACUUUGCUCUUCAAAUGGUUCCUUUCACUUUGGCUAGUUUUCUACACGCUUUCCUAAUCACAACGCCGCAAAAUGCUCCUGUUGAUAUGACGGAAAGCUUUGGACUAACAAAUAUCAAAGCAACUCCACUUAACGUUAUGAUCACGCCUCGCCUCCCUGCUGAGCUAUAUGUGUUGGAGAAGUGAUUUGAAGGUUGAUUAAUAUACAUGUAAUAAAGUGGAUGAAAGGGAAAGUAGGACGGGUAUUAGAAUUGCUACACAUUUCUAGAAUUUCUUAUUCUAGAAAUUUAUAGUGAAACUUGAGAAAGCAAGUAAAUUAGAACUUCUCUUGUAAAAUGAAUAAAUGAGAAUGAUCUAGAGAAAAAAAAUAUUAAAUAAAAGAUUGUAGUAGCACCGACUCUAGCUAUUAUAAAUAGCUUCCAUGUAUUGCCAAAGUGUGUACCAAGAAUCAAGAAGCAUAAAUGAAAGACUAUUACCCUUUUCUCAAA